CAACAGGGAAGUGGAGUGACGUCAUCAGACCGGAGCGGCGUGAGGUCGCCACCGUCGUUGUGGACAGGUCGAUGUCGGAUACCGUAAGGAAAAUGGUCGACUCUCUAAUGUUUGUAAUCCGCAAAAGUAUCGAAAGGACCGACUACCAAACGUUUAUUUAACGCAAUUGGCAUUAAUUAAGAGAAGUUAAGUGCAUCCUUUUUUUAAAUAUCGGAUGAUCGGAGAGUGUUUGUCGAGGAUUUCGGAUCGAACGAGUCCCUUCAUCCAUCAUCAUUGCCAAUGAUGAUGAUGACGACGAUAAGGUUUAUUUCGGGAUUAUCUGAAUUAAUAUUAGUUCACGAAGAUAUUAUUUAAUUGGGAAAUAUGGAGACCAAUGCGGAAAAGGAAUGUUCCGCACUUGGAGGUUUAUUCCAAAUGAUUAUUAACGAUUUAAAGGGAGGAACACCAGCAUGGGAGGAUUUCUUAGGAAAAGCCACCAAAUUACAUUCUCAGUUGAAAGCAACAAUCGUGGCUUCAGCGGCAUUUCUGGAUUCAUUUCAAAAGAUCGCCGACAUGGCAACAAAUACAAAAGGAGCAACCAAAGAUAUAGGAACAGCUUUAACACGACUCUGCUUAAGACAUAGAAGUGUAGAAGCAAGAUUGAAAGCAUUUACGAGUUCAUUAAUGGAUAGCUUGGUUGUGCCAUUACAAGAUAAAAUGGAAGAAUGGAAAAAAAUAGCCUAUCAACUAGAUAAAGAUCACGCCAAAGAAUAUAAAAGAGUACGACAAGACAUUAAAAAGAAAUCGUCUGACACCUUACGGUUGCAAAAGAAAGUUCGAAAAGCAAGUAAAGGAGAUGUACAGAGGAGUUUGGAUACUGCCCUACAAGAUGUCACGGAUAGGUACCUACUUUUAGAAGAGACUGAAAAACAAGCCGUGAGAAAGGCUCUGAUUGAGGAAAGAAGCCAUUAUUGCCUUUUUGUGGCUUGUUUAAAACCAGUUGUUGUAAGUAAUUUAUGUAUUAAAAUACUUAUAUAUA